GAGCUGAGCAUCAGCAGCAGCCAGCAGCACAAAGGAACACCUGCAACAACGUUCAUCUUCUUCUUCGGGUCCGAGAAGGAGCUCCCGAGGGAAAAAAAGAAAAACAAAAUGCAGGCGUUCCUCUCCUCGUCGAUCCCCGCCACCUCGUACUCGAGGUCGUCCUUCCUGCCGCAGCCGCCUCAGGCUCCCGCGAAGCUCGCCAUCCUCCCGUUGUCGGGACCCAGGGCCGCCGCCGUCGCGAGGAGAACGGAGGCGGGGCGCCCAGCAGGCCGGUGCGUUGCGGCGUCCGCGUCCUCGUCCCCGGCCGCGACCGCCGCGGCCACGGCGGAGGUGCCCGCGGCCAUGAAGGCCUGGGCGUACGACGCGUACGGGGACGCCAGCGUGCUCAAGCUCGACGAGGCCGCGGCGGUGCCGGCCGUGGGCGAGGGCCAGGUGCUCGUCAAGGUCGCCGCCGCGGCGCUCAACCCCGUCGACGCCAAGCGCCGGGCCGGCAAGUUCCAGGCCACCGACUCGCCGCUCCCGACCGUGCCGGGGUACGACGUGGCCGGCGUCGUCGUGAAGGUGGGCGGCGGGGUUAAGGGCCUCAAGGAAGGCGACGAGGUGUACGGCAUGAUCAGCGAGAAGCCCCUGGAAGGGCCCAAGCAGUCCGGCUCGCUGGCCGAGUACACCGCCGUCGAGGAGAAGCUGCUGGCGCUCAAGCCCAAGGGCCUCGACUUCGCGCAGGCCGCCGGCCUGCCGCUUGCCAUCCUCACCGCCAACGAGGGCCUCGAGAGGGCGGGGCUCGCCGCCGGCAAGUCCGUCCUCGUCCUCGGCGGCGCCGGUGGCGUCGGGUCCCUUGCCAUCCAGCUGGCGAAGCAAGUCUACGGCGCGUCGAAGGUGGGCGCCACGGCCAGCACCAAGAAGAUCGAACUGCUCAAGAGCCUGGGUGCCGACGUCGCCAUUGACUACACCAAGGAGAACUUCGAAGAGCUGCCGGACAUGUACGACGUCGUCUUCGACGCAGUUGGUCAGGGCGACAAGGCUGUGAAGGUGGUGAAGGAAGGCGGCAGCGUGGUGGUCCUCACCGGCGCCGUCACCCCACCAGGGUUCCGGUUCGUGGUCUCCUCCAACGGCUCCACCUUGGAGAAGCUCAACCCCUACCUCGAGUCCGGAAAGGUGAAGCCGCUCAUCGACCCGACCGGGCCAUUCCCCUUCUCGCAGGUUGUGGAGGCUUUCUCCUACCUUGAGACCGGAAGAGCAACCGGCAAAGUCGUUAUUUUUCCCGUCCCUUGAGAGCUGUAGACUGCAGAGAGUUUGUUCACUGGCCAUUUGAGUGCCGGCCUGAGAUUCUCGAGUGUCAAAUAGUCUAAAGGGACGUUUAUUUCAGCACAGUCCAUAGAAUUACAAAGAGGUGUACCUUGUGCUCAUUGCUGAGCCACUUCUCAAGGUUCCAGUCUCUGUGUGAAACAGAUAAAUACAGUAAGGUCCCUCUGUUGUUACA